UCCCUCUGCGCGAUCCGUCGGUCUUCCAGCAACGGUGAAAAAAAACGAAAGCGACGCCUGAGAGCGACGCUUGCAGCUGAUGUACCGCUGGCUCAAAAAUGGAGAGCGACACCACUGUCAGGCGAAUAAAAGCCUUCGGGACGCAGAAUUAUGUAGCGCAAGAUCACGACGGUUCCGGAGACCGGUGCGGGAAUAACGGCUACAGCGGUGACCCGAAGAGGAAGCCCGAAGUGAGCCUGUACCUGCUGCGGGAAGGGCUGGCAGCUUCCCUGGUGUCUGUAUUUAUUUUGGUGCUGUGGGGACUGGUUCAUUUGUCGUUACAGCAGCUCGUCAUUGGGAAGCCGACCGGCGAGUUCAGCGCAGUGAGAGCCAGACGGCACUUGGAACAGAUCACCAGCGUUGGCCCGCGGCCGGUGGGCAGUCCGGAGAAUGAGGUCCUGACAGUGGGCUACUUGCUGGAGCAGAUUGAGAACAUCCGGGUCGAGACUGCGGCGGGCCCCCAUCAGCUCACGGUGGACGUGCAGCGCCCCACCGGCUCCUUCUCCAUUGACUUUCUAGGAGGCUUCACCAGCUUCUAUGACCGUGUCACCAACAUCGCUGUCAGGCUGGAGCCCAAAGGUGGUGCGCAGCAUCUCAUGCUUGCCAACUGCCACUUUGACACAGUGGCCAACAGCCCAGGUGCCAGUGAUGAUGCAGUGAGCUGUGCAGUGAUGCUCGAAGUCCUCCAUUCUCUGGCCAACCAGUCCACUCCUCUACACCAUGGAGUUAUCUUCCUCUUUAAUGGGGCAGAGGAAAAUAUCCUGCAGGCCAGUCAUGGUUUCAUUACUCAGCAUCCGUGGGCCAAGCAGGUGCGAGCCUUCAUUAACUUGGAGGCUGCAGGUGUUGGGGGAAAGGAGGUUGUUUUCCAGACAGGUCCAGAGAACCCAUGGCUGGUUCAGGCCUACGUCCACGCAGCCAAACACCCCUUCGCCUCUGUGGUCGGCCAGGAGGUCUUUCAGAGUGGUAUCAUCCCCUCUGACACUGACUUCCGUAUCUAUAGGGACUUUGGUAACAUCCCAGGCAUUGAUCUGGCUUUCAUUGAAAAUGGUUUCAUCUACCAUACCAAGUAUGACACUGCUGACAGGAUCCUGACAGACUCAAUACAGAGAGCUGGCGACAACAUCCUGGCAGUCCUGAAGUACCUGGUAAUGUCAGAGAAGCUGGCCGACUCCUCCGAGUAUCGUCAUGGCAACAUGGUAUUUUUCGACCUGUUAGGGGUGGUGGUGGUGGCAUACCCCGCUCGCGUUGGCACCAUCCUCAACUACAUGGUAGCCACAGCCACCUUCUUCUAUCUGGCCAAGAAAGCUUCACUGCCUGGCAAUGGGGGCGGUCGCUACGUUCGUCGUCUGGCUUGUGCCACAGGUGUAGCGGUGCUGAGCUGGUUUGUCACCCUGCUGUCUGUGCUGAUCGUGGCUCUGCUUGUCACUCUCCUGGGCCGCUCCAUGUUUUGGUACAACCAUUUCUACGCCUCCAUCUGCCUGUACGGUGCUGCAGCCACCGGCAAAAUGAUCCUCGUCCACACCCUCGCCAAGAACCUUUACUACGGGGGUGUCCGACUGGUGGAGCUGGGCGAUCUCUUCUUUGACGUGAGCUUGCUCCUGUGGGGCUGCAGCCUGGUGUGGCUCACCCAGCAGGGCCUGUGUUCAGCCUACGUGCCCAUGCUUAUGGUGGCCUUUCCCCUGGCUACCAGACUGCUGCUAUCUAAGGAAUUUAAACACAGAGGAGCAUCAGUGAAGUACAGCGUGCUCUACCUGUUGGGCCUGGCGUUGCCAUAUGUCCACUUCAUGUUCCUCAUCUGGGUGGUGUUUGAGAUUUUCACCCCCAUCAUGGGUCGCAGUGGCACAGAGAUACCCCCUGAGGUGGUGCUGGCCUCCUUGGUCACCCUUGCGACCAUCUUCCUCUCCUCUUUUUUUCUGCAUUUCAUUUACUUGGUACGGAGCACUAAGUGGAUCCUGGCUGGUCUGGGCUCAGUCUUCAUCAUCAUGUUCCUGUUGGUGUCAUGCGGCGUCUUCUUCCCUUAUUCGGGCAAUCCAGACAGCCCUCGGCCUAAACGAGUCUUCCUGCAGCAUACGACGAGGACCUUCCACAAUCUCCAGGGCCAGGUGGAGAGCCAGGACUCGGGCCUGUGGAUUAAUAGUUUUGACUACACAGCCAUACAGCACAUCACACCCAGCAUCCCCGAGCUCAACGACAGCGUUCGCACCCGCUGCCGAGAGGACCGACCCUUCUGUGGUUACCCCUGGUUCUUGCCAGUGAAGUUCCUUAGCAAGAAGAACUGGUACCUUCCUGCCCCUGAGGUGUCUCCCAGCUCACCUGUGGAGUUCAGCCUUCUGUCCAAAGAGGAGACCAGCUGGGGGACAGUCAAGAUGACUUUUAGUGCAAAAGGCCCCAGCCACAUGUCUCUGUAUCUGAUGCCUCACCGAGGAGCCAGCCUCUCCACCUGGUCCUUUGGCAACGGGACGCCUCAGUUUGACCUGAGUGGAGAAUAUUUUGUCUUCUAUUCCCAUGGCCUUGAUGCCCCCACAUGGACCUUCUGGUUUGAAAUACAGCCUCCCAGGGACCCGGACCCAUCAGGCCCUGAGGGGAUGAUCUCCGUCGCCAUCUCCUCCCACUAUUUCUUUGGGGAAGACCGGAGGACUUCUCAGCUGGAGGAAAUCCUCCACAGGUUUCCCACGUGGGCUUUCCCUUCGUCUUGGGUCAGUACCUACGACAUGUACCGAUACUGAGGACUAUGCACGUCACGGAGGCUGAUGCCGAGGAGAGCUGAGGGCUGCAGGGCCCCCCCCAUCACCACCAAGAGACAGAUAAGAGAAAAGUGAUAUCAAGGAACAAUGCUGAGGACCGAGGCCCUGCCACCUUUUCACUCUGACGCAAAUACACACUCUUUAACACACACACACACACACACACACACACACACACACACACACACACACACAGACACAGACACACUCACGCUCCCUCCCAGCCUGCCUGUGAGACCCCACAUCACUGUGUCCGUAGGCUUAGUAGCUAACCGAACGGGAAGAUGCGUUGAGGCAUGCCACAGGUAAGCUGACCAGAAAGCUUACAGACUGAAUAACUCACCGACCAGCACCCGGGGGACCUCCACGGGCCUCGUGCUCACUCCUGGGUUAGUGAAACAAAGGGGUUAAGAUUUUCUUUUUCUACUCAAUCUGUUGUGCCUUUGCUUUGCUCACUCCAUAUCACUUACCUCCUCACUUUCCCUCUCGCUCACUUCCUCCCCUCUGUUUUCCUGUCUCGCGCUAACACUUCCCAAAUGAAUAAUGUCGCAUGUCUACCUCCCCUCCCCUGCUCUCUCUUUAUCAGCAAACCACUCGGGCCAUCCUCAGACUAGAUGUGUCUCUGGCUUCCUUUGCAAAAAUAACACCACUACCACUAUCUGCACUGUAGGUAUAGUGACAUACUGAUGGAUCUGUUUAGGAAAGGGAAACAAAUACCUGUUUUUGUUUGACCCCUCCUCUGACUUUAACUGGAAACUUUGACACUUUGAAAAGUCACUUUUCAUCAACAUGCACUCGUCGUAUUAUGCGCAGAUAGUUUUCGUAUUAGCUAUGUAAACUGUGAAAUUGCUCAUUAUCACUCCUCACUAAUGACCACUGAUUGGCAGCAAGUUGCACCUACAGUAUGUGUUUCAGUGGGGCAUGCCGUCAAUCUGCUUUAACUAUCAGCGUGCAAAUGCAGAAGACUGUGCCUGUUAAAUGAAAACAGCUGGCUGAAAUCAAAAUGUCAAGGUGUCCUUUAAAAGGCGUAGCUUUCCCGAAGAUUUUGUGCAGAGGGCGACAUUAAGAUCCUUAAUGAGGUCUUAAAGGGUUUGGACUGGUGUGUUCAGGCAAACGUGUAAUUUGGAUUUUGGACUCAAUGAGACCAGAACCUCAGACGCAUGAUUUGAAAUGAUUCCCUGAACCUCAAAGGUGACCAGAUGGGAAACAAGCAACAUAACUCCACACUCAUUAACUGCAUCAGUGUCAGUUUGUUCCGUCUCACAUGGAAGAGUUGAUUAUUUACAUUUUCUGUUACUGUAAUAGUAUUUGUAAUUAUUUUCAGGCUUGCUACGAGCUGUCUCCAGCAGCACCAAUGAAUAUCUUUUAGAAAUUAAAGAAAGUUGAGCCGCAACGGUUCAGUCAGUUAAAAGAUGGAAAAGUAAUCUGCUGCUAUCUUGAUAAUUGUUUCAGUCAUUUUUCAAGAAAACAUAAACAUGGUUCUAAGAUGGAUCUAGUUUCUUAAACUGGAGGACUUACUGCUUGUCUUUGUCAUAUAUGAUAGCAAAAGAAGUAUAUUUGGGAUUUUGUACUGUUGCUUGGACAAAACAAGACACCUGAAGAAAGCAGAUUUUGAAUCUAGGUAACUAGGAUCUGUAUUUUUUGCUACUUUCUCAUCAAACUUCCUUUAUUAGAAGUUAUUAGGAAAUAACAGACCUGUAAAAUAAAGCUAUAUCAAAACCAGUUAUACACAGAUAAUGAUCCGUCUUACCAUAAAUAAACUCUGCUGUUGCUGCUGAAAAAGUAAUAAGGAGAUUUUAGACUGAGGCUGACUCUGCCAGGAUCCACAUAGUUCUUCAACCCACUCAUUUAAUUUCUUUCUUCUCCCAGUUGUGCUGAAAUGUGUCUAAGAGUGUGAAAUUUAUUCAUUGGUGCCUCUGGAGCCAGCUUAUAGUAUUAACUGUAUUUUUGUGGUUUUUUUCCUCUCAUCUCAAGUGGAGUUGUGUCUUUAUCGUCCAUAAUCCAAGUAUCACAGCUGCAGCCCUGUUAGUAUGACCUGUUUUAAAUUUGUCCACUUCACAUAGUGGACCCUAUAGAACAUGUUACAGUCAGUGUCACCACUACCUCCAUAAUGAUCAAAACUUAGUAUCUGACAUGAAGAUGAUGAACAGUUAUGAAUGCUCUUGUAAAGGCUGGUUUGAAUGUUAACAUGGGAAAGAUGUAGACAACAUUUGGCUAACUGAGGUUGACUAAUGUUAUAGAGACAGAGGAAUUAAUAUUGUUUGUCUAUGGGCUGUUUUAUGUAAACAAAGCGGAGAUUAAUAGAUUCAUUUAUAGUGUUUUUUGAUGGAUGAAUUCGGUCAGAGAAUCAGGAUGACCGUCGCCUCCCUGCCUUCAGUCCUACACACUGAUGAAAUCCGUUAAAACACACAAAGAAAGCAACAAAGCUGCUUGUUGUUCGUCCAGGCGUUUUGGCUCCCUCUGUAUGUAAUCAAAUGUGGGAUCAGGUUGUAAAAACUUUGGGAGAUUAUUUGCACUUGGGGAGAUCAACUGAGAAACAGUUAUCGCCUUUUGUCCACUUUGUUGUUACACCCAGUGACGCGUCCUUGUGAUCCAUGCUGUUCCGUUUGGCUUCGGUCACACAAAAUAAGAAAUGCUGACAUGAUGGAGGCCUUAAAGUUUUGCUUCCAAAGACACAAAAUGUUUACUGUUGUGGACACAAAACGUCUCAGUGGUCUUAAAAAGCUAUCAAGUGCCGCACCGUACAGCAUUUUUAUGUACGUGAGUUGUUUGUCUGUCGGAAAGGUUCAAUCUAGAAUCCAUCACAGCUUUCAAUAGCGCUGGGAGAUUUGAAAGCAGACUGCCCUAUCAUGCUUUUUCUUUUAGCAGCUGUGGACACAGUCUCAUCACAAGGUUCACUCAGUAGCAAUGCUGGAGCUUUCAGUCACAUCCUCCAUUUUCUGGGCUCUUUUAAGACUUCUUCUCCAUGUUGGCUUACAAGUUGAAACUCAGGCAUGAAAGUUAAUGCUUCUAGCUGUUUACAUGGGAGAUGAGCGUUCCUUAAAGAGCUCAGGGAGAACAUCUACAAUCCCAUGACAACUUGGCAAACACCAUCUGCCGAGGAGUGUCAUGUCAUAUGAUUGAAAACUCAGCAAAAAGCCUCUGAGUGGACAACACGGUGAGACUGUUGAGGUCAAAAGCCAGAUGAUCUUAUCAGCUGACUGCAGUGUAAACACAUGUCCUUUAAAAAGCAAAAUAUCAAAUAUAUCAGAUAUCUGCUGUUAUGAAUCAGAAACUGUUAGUCAACAAUGUUGAGAUUUGAUAUAGAGAUUUUCUACUUCUCAUUAAGAUGUUUUUUUUAAGUUCAUUUUAAAGGACCACAAUUGUGUUUUUUGUAUUUUUUCUACCAUUGACACAACACUUCUGUAUAAAAGCAGACAUGCUGUUCACUUUACUAAAGUCAAGCAUUUUACAUAGUUUGAUUUUUAUAUCUUAUGGAAAUGAGCAGAAACCAACUUGUAAAUGUGCUAAAACGUGAAGUUAAAAAAAAAACCCACCAGUAUGGUCCUUUAAUAUUUUUAAUGAUUUCUGCCCCCUGUACCAGAUGUGCUGCUCCACAGCUGUUUGUAAUGGAGCAGGAACACAAACAGACUAAUCACACUGCACGGCUGGCCAGGUGUGUCCUGCACUGUGAUCGAGAUCAUCCAGCUCGCUCUCUGAGGUUUGAAAGUGCAUUUUUAUUUUAAAGCUGCAUGGUCUGUCAGUAAGUGACAGUUAAUCAACUGACAGGGCGGAUGAUGGAGCAGGAACUGAUGUGUUUUUCAAACGAAUCAGACUUUUACAGUUGGUCUUUUAUCCUUCGUCCUUUGAUUUGACGUCUAACGAAGAGGCACUUGAAAACAACAAGCUGAUAUUAGAGUUAAGUCUUUACAGCUGGAGUAAGCCAUGAAAAGGACAUGCAGCGAACACACACCCACACUACAUUCAUUGUGUAUGUGUGUGUGUGUGCGCAUGUCUGGCUGUACAGUGCAGUGGAUCAGAAAACUGAUUUUAAGUGACAGAAGAUGGAUCUAUUCUGUUAUAUAGAAAAUAUUUCCAUUGAUAUGCAGAGAGUCUAUGGGAGAAAAAGCUUUAUUAACAAAUGUAAAUGAAUAUUUUUCUAAAAAAAAAAUCUGUUGCUAAGUGGUGUGUGUUUGAGUUUUGUUAGAGGCUUCAAAAGCAAACAGAGUUACUGACCAUUUCAAGUUGUGGCAGAACAGUUUGUUGGUUGUAGUUCUAACAUUGAGAACAUAGGAGGAACUGUGGGACGGAGCAGGAAGAUGUUUGACGCUGUGAAACGGCUCAUCCCGCACCGUCGGUGCUCCCACCAUUAAAGACUAAAGCUUAACACUGAGCUCUGCUUUUAGUAUCAAGUUAACUGAAAUUGUUCCUUUUGUGCCAGAAUCUAAUGUAUUAAUGUAACUCUAUUUUAGACUGAGAGGCUGACUGAGCGCUGCACAGUGUGCAUUUUUGUUGUUCAGUGUAAACUCACACUCGGACGCAGCUUUAACUUCAUCACGUUUAAGUCAGUCGAGAUUGAAAAAAAAAAAAAAAAAAAUCUAACAAUCAUUCACACAGAUGUUCAUAUCAGCUUGAGAACUAAACAGUUAACUUAAGUUUAUUCUGGCAAACAUGUUAAAAUGUCUUAAAACCUGUUCAAGGAUGUUUUUUUGUUUUUAAGUUAAAUUUGUUAACAGUUUGUUAUCAUUACUUGAGCUGUUUUCUUUCCAACAUGUUGACUUUUCACCUUUGCCUUUUUCUCUAAAAGUUUGUCUUUUGUUCUCAAAGUUAAAUUAAGAUGAGUUUUUUAAAUGAGACUGAUCAUUUUGUUCAUUUGAUUGUGAUUGAUGUGAUACUUUAAAUAACUGUAACAGUUAAAAAGUUUCUUCUUUGAACUGCUGUUUUUCUUUUUUUAAAUGCAUAUUUGUCCGUUAGUAGGAAUUAUGUGAUCGAUAUGACUGUUGUAACUGGGAUUAUUGGGAUUGAUCUGGUUAACAGGGUAUCCAUCUACUGAAUGGUUGGGAUGAUUUUACAUUAUGCAAAAAGCUUGAAUUUAAAUUAGCACCUGUACAGCAAUUAAAAUGCUUAUUACAUUAA